UGAGACGCUGUAACGCCAUCUUGGCUCCAAACACAACGCCAAGUUGCUUUUCUGCUGAUUUCAAAACCUUUUCCUAGUUCAGAGAUGAUUAAAUAUCGUUUAUUCUAUCACUUUAUUUAUGCAUGACAGUUACAUCUCUCCCAGAGGAGUGUUUUUACCAUUACAAAUAGAGUCGCGGUUGUGUUUCCAUGGAAACAGUAUCAACAUGGAGUUCAUGGGUAGCAGUUAUGAUGGAGAUUACAAAAAUGGCAGGAUGGAGGGGAUGGGCGACUACACAAUUCCCACUCACACUAGAUAUGUCGGAGAGAUGAAAGACGGCAUGUUCCAUGGAAAAGGAGUGCUGCAUUUCCCCAAUGGAAGCAAAUAUGAGGGAACUUGGGAGAAAGGAAUAUCCAAACAGGGAAAGUACACAUUUUCUGAUGGCCUGGAGUAUAAAGAGACUGACUGGGAGUACUGUGAUGGCAAAGACAGGCGGUUCUACUCUGAGAGGUGUAAUGGCCUCAAACCAGCAGGAGAAUCCCAGUUAACUGAUAGGGACCCCCCGCGGCUCAUCCCUGAUGGUUGCUAUGACAGUGGCGAUGGCUUUUAUGAUCCCAACACCAGAGUCAUCAAAGACUAUGAUGGCAAUUUUCUCAGGAACGCAGACGAGGAAGAACACGAGUGGAUUGUGCGGACAUGCAGGAAGAGCUGGGAUGAGUUCAUUGGCCACUAUCCAAGAAGCAGCACACUAGAGAAGGAAUUCCUGUAUGUGAUGCUGAUGGAAUCAGUGAUGGAGUCAUUACUGCACACACUGACCCGUGAAGGGUCUGCCAGCUCCUCCAUCAGCCUGUGAUUGCUUCCUGCUACACUCGUGCACACAGGCCCAUGCAUUUAUACCACAGUCAGAAAUUAACCAGGUCUCAGGGCAAAAAAAAAAAAAAACACUGAAAGUGACCAAAACCAUCCAGAUAUAUGUUUAAAUUAUCUGUUAUCUGUCAUUUUCAUACAUGUCAUAAUAUCAGUGGCAGUCAGAUAUAAAAUCUGUUUCUCAUGUUAUAAAAGAGUGUUCCUUCUCUUUUAUGACAAAAUACUGUGCUGGUAUCAGAUGGUAAUACUAUGGUACUGAAUGAAACAUAUAUAUUCAAGAAAUAUCAUCAAAGCUAGCACAAGUAAAAAACAAUGUUUUUAUCAGUCAAGAAAACGUGGUAUUGUAUUUUAAUACAACAGAUGUUCUGAUUGAAAAUGUAAAUUAAUUUGUUAAAUUAAAAUAUUUGCCACACA